AAAAAAGAGGACUGUUAUAAACCUGCACUGUGCAAGCUGCUAACUCAGUGGUACUAGGCUUAGCACUGAGUACAGGAAGCCCUACAGCAGCGGAGCUCAGCCUUGCAUCUGAAAGGGAGGAAUUGUGCACGCAGCACCAUGUCUGUCUUGGCCAACAUCGCUCUGCUAACACUUGUGCUGGUUAUUGGCGACUUCUUCGACUCCGCAGAGAGCUGCACAUGCGCCCCGAGCCAUCCCCAGGACGCUUUCUGCAACUCCGACAUCGUGAUCAGAGCCAAAGUGGUGGGCAAGAAGCUGAUGAACGAUGGGCCUUUCGGUACAAUGCGUUACACUGUUAAACAGAUGAAGAUGUACCGUGGCUUCAAAAAGAUGCCUCACGUCCAAUAUAUCUACACAGAGUCCUCUGAGAGCCUCUGCGGUGUUAAACUGGAGGUCAACAAGUAUCAGUACCUGAUCACAGGCCGUGUCUAUGAGGGGAAGGUAUACACUGGACUGUGCAAUCUGAUUGAGAAAUGGGACAAACUGACACUCGCCCAGCGUAAAGGGCUCAAUCACCGUUAUCACCUGGGAUGUAAUUGCAAGAUCAAGCCUUGCUAUUACCUCCCCUGCUUCAUUACAUCCAAGAGUGAGUGCCUGUGGACAGAUCUGCUGUCAAAUUUCGGCUACCCAGGCUACCAGUCCAAAAACUACGCCUGCAUCAAGCAGAAGGAGGGUUACUGCAGUUGGUACAGAGGAUGGACUCCACCAGACAAAACCGUGAUCAACACCACGGACCCCUGAGCCCACAAACUGUAAUGGACAUAAAACAAAAACCUGAACGUAUAAGCAGCAAUGAAAUUAGUGCCUGAUUUCUUGCUAAAAAUUAGCACUUGGAACACUUAAGUCUUUGCCAUCAUACUGAAAGUAUAUUUUUUAAUCACUCUUCUUUUAUUUUCAAUCACCCAUUUAAGCCAGACGUUUUGCAGGGUUCUCUGGGAAAGUCUUGCUCUGUUUUUGUUUUGUUUUUUCUUUCUUUCUAUGAAAUGAAACGCUUCCUUCGGCCACCCGACAUGGGCCGUCCUUUGCGUUGCGAAACAGUGCCGUGCAUUUGUUUCUUUUCUAUUGCAGCUGCAGCCUCCUGCCACAAGAGGCGCUGUGUCCUAAAAGUUCAUAGCAGACACUCUAGGCAAAAGACUUUAUGGUUAAGUAGAGAAAAUUGUGACAAUAAAUUGCAACGGUUUUAAAGGAGUUUCGGAAAUAACUAAAAAGAAAAAAAAAGUUUGGGAAAUGUUGGACCAGGUGACCCUCAAAUUCUGUAAAAUGAAAUCGGCAAGACCUACAAAGCUUUCUUGAGAAUUAGGAGAGUUGUUAUUGUCAUUGCACUAAAUGCUUACCUUUCAGACCCUGCUAUAUACAUUGCCAGUGUUACUUUUUUUUUACUAAAUGGAAUCUUGGCAUAAUGCCUUGCAGGUCAAAGGCAGAACCGGCCAAAAAAAAAAUAAGCUACUACAGCCUACCGCGUGACUGAUCGCAGGGCUGU